AUGCCAAUCGUAAAUAAUAACUCCGCUGAAGCUAAUAUCUUUAACAUCUCUACGAUGUCUAACAUCAAUAAAAUUGACAACAAUGGUAAUAAUAGCAACAAUGAUCCAAUUAAAGAUGAACGCUUGCCCCUUGAUAAAAUCGAUGUCCCAUUUCCUUUAACAGACCAAUUGACCGCAAUAAUUGCAAGUUAUAAAGAGCGUACUAUCUCCGGAAAACCGCCAAAUGGUUUUAUACUCUAUCGAAAAGCAUUGGUACGAGAAUUAAAUGCUCAUGGCUAUUAUCUACCUGCAAAAGACAUUUCUCCAUUAGCAUCGGAGAAAUGGAAGAACAAACCUGAAAUUGUAAAAGAAGAAUACCGCCAAAUUUCAUCUAAUAUCGGAAAAAUUUUCCAGAAAUCCGAACAACCGGUGAUUCUUACACCGGAAAAUUUUUGCGCUCAGUCAACAAUUAAAACAAUUAGAAAAAAUGUUCGUAGCGAAGCUGCGACGAGCAACUUCAUCAAAAAUAAAUUUGUUUCAAAAAUUGAUACAAGUAUUCCUACAGAACUUUUUGAUGGCUCACAAAAAUCUGAUUCUGAGCCAAACUAUAUGUUCACCUCACAAUUUGAGCAUAUACCCGAGUACAACCUGUCUUCAGUGAAACAACGAACAAUUCACGAUGAAACUUGCAUAGAUAAUUUUGAUUAUUUAAGAAACGGUGAUGUUACUCUUGGAACUGCAUCAAUUUUAGAACCUAUAACAAAUUAUUUUCUGGAAUCGUACAACAGCUAUUCUCUACCAAUAAAUGAAUCUUCUGCAGAUCAUUUGCUUUCGUUAAUGGAUCGUGAAUCGGAAGUGUACUUUGAAAAAUCAAAUUUCCCGGUAUCUAAUUGGACUGCACUCGUCCCUGAAAUAGAAACAGAAUGCUUUAACAAUUAUCUUAAUACAUGCACAGACAAUUUCAUUCCUCUCAUAUGA